AUGGCGUCGCUCAAGGGUCUUGCGGCUAUCGUAACGGGUGGUUGUUCUGGAUUAGGACUUGCAACUGCCAAAAAACUUUUAGACAGUGGCUGUAAAGUUUUGGUUUGUGAUAUUCAAAAAUCUCCCAGUUUCACUGAAAUUGAAAGUGAUUGCGUAUUUUGCCCAACCGAUGUAGCUUCCGAAGCGGACGCCUCAAAUGCAGUACAAACAGCGAAGAAUAAAUUCUCAAAGCUAAAUAUUCUGGUGAAUUGCGCCGGUGCAGCUCUUGCAUGUAAAACAUACAAUGUAAAACUCAAGAAGCCCCAUCCAUUGGAUUCCUUCGAGCAUGUGUUGAGGGUGAACACGAUUGGCACGUUCAAUAUGAUUCGCAUGGCCGCAACGGCUAUGGUCGAAAACGAACCAGAUGAAGACAACUUGCGUGGGGUAAUCAUCAACACUGCCAGUAUAGCUGCUUUCGAAGGCCAAGUUGGACAAGUAGCCUACGCAGCCAGUAAAGGUGCGGUUGUUGCCAUGACGUUGCCUAUUGCACGGGACUUGACCAGAGAAGGUAUACGAGUAAUGACUAUUGCUCCAGGUGAGUCAUUGGUCCCGACCUAG